AGAGCCGGCCCACGGCAUAGGCGGCCUAGACCGUUGCCUAGGGCGCCAUCUGGUGAGGGGGCGCCAAAUGGCAGUCUCCCUCUCAGUCUUUCUUUCCUUUUUUUUUAAAUUUUUUUUUAUUCACUUUCUUAAUGCACCAUUAUGUUUACUCUCAGUCUCUCAACCUAUAAAUAACUACAAAUUUUGUGAAACUUAAAAUAAAACUCGUUUUCACUAAUCAUGACUCACAACUCUCGCGAGUUGUGAGUCACGCAUGCAUCCUUUUCCAUCUGAUCUGCGGCGCCGCCGCCGGGGCGGCGCCCCGCGCUACUACAGCAUGCUGUUGAGUUUACAAGGUGAGUGAGUGGGGGAUGGGCAGCGCAUCCCAUCAGUUUAUUGAUGAGAUGGUCGUCGUCGUAGCGCUGUCAUUUUUGUAAACAUAAAACUUUUAUCAUGAAAAGGCUGUCCAAGCCUUCGGGUGCUGCUUUCAGAAAGCGAAGAAGAGAAGAGGAGGAGAAACGGGCUCAAAGUCGAGAUGCUCUGAGAAAAUAUCUACAGCCACGACAGGGGCCAACUGUAGAAGCUGCUGCAGAAGAGGCAGCAAGCUCGGUCUCACAGUUACCUUCUCCUGUGGCUGUUAGUGACAGUGACAGUGAACAUUCAUCUCAAGCAUUAAGCAGAAGCACAGCAGUGAUUGAGACACAACUUCAAAAUGUUGAUGCUGGAGCAGUCAGUGAAGCACCAAGCAGCAGCACUGUAAUUCUUCAGACACCACCUCAAACGGUUGAACCAGAAGGACCCAGCACCAGCAGUCUCAAUACAAUCCGCCAGCCUACAGGCGCUCCAUCAACAUCAACAGAUGUAUGUGAGCCCAUCUCAGCAGCCCCCAUUGAUCCCGCUGAUUGGCCACCCAACUUGUCUGAUUCAGAGAGGACUGAAUUGGUUAGUCGAGGACCACCUGUAAUAAGGUCAGACUUCUCGUUCCCCAAAAAACAGGAUGGAAGAAGUUGCCAUCACCGCCAUUUCUUCAGACUGUUGACCAAUGGGGAAAAAAUCAAAAGGUCAUGGCUCAUGUAUUCAAAAAAGAAAGAUAGUUUGUACUGUUUCUGCUGCAAGCUCUUCUCACAGAAGACUUUUAAACUUAGCAAGGAUGGCACUGAUGACUGGAAAAACUGUGGUGACAUACUUAAAACACAUGAAAACAGUAAAGAACACACAAAUAACAUGGGAAGCUGGAGAGAACUUGAAAGUCGUUCAAAAAAGGGUCAAACAAUUGACAAUAUUGAGAUGGCCAUAAUACAUGCUGAAAGGAGGAGAUGGCGGGAAGUUCUCACCAGACUUGUGGCAAUUAUUAAGUCACUGGCAGAGAGAAAUAUUGCACUCAGGGGUUCCACAGACCAACUUAAUCAGCCAAACAAUGGAAAUUUCCUUAAGGAAGUGGAGUUAAUGGCUCAGUUUGAUCCUGUGCUGAAAGAGCACAUUAUUAAGAUUGAAGGAGUUAGUUGAGCUAGUUGAGCAGCAGAAACAGGAAAAGCACAAACAAACGGGGACAAAAAAAAAAACACUUUGGGGGUGUUUUUGAAGAGGAAAUAACAGUAUGACAUGGUUAAAACCUACAAAAAGUGGAUUUUGCAUGAUAUAGCUCCUAUUGUUAUGAUUAUGUUAACAAAUUAAAGCAGGUCUUUAGUGUAGACACCUCUGCUGAAUCUCUGCGCAGAGAUUUAUGGGAAAGUGUAUUGGAUUCGAAGGGGGGGGGGGCGCCGUAUUACUAUUUUGCCUAGGGUGCCUGUGAACCUAGGGCCGGCCCUGG